AUGCAUUUGACAAGUUUCAUUUGUUCUUUCGUUCAUUCGUUCGUUCGUUCGUUCGUUCUUUCCUUCCUUCCUUCUGUACUUCGUUUGUUCGUUCCUUCUUUCCGUACCACUUUCUUUCCUUUUUUUUUCCUUCCUUCCUUCUUUACUUCGUUCCUCCAUUCCUUCCUUCCGUCCUUCCUUCCAUCUUUCUUUCCUUCCAUCCUUCCUUCCUUUGUGCGUUCGUUCCUUCCUUCCUUCCUUCCUUCCUUCUUUUUUCAGUCCCUACUUCUUACUUUUUUCUUUCCUUCCUUCCUUCUUUCCCGUUUUCUUUCUUUCCUUCCUUCUGUAAUUCUUUCGUUCAUUAGUUCAUUUGUUCUUUCGUUCGUUCGUUUUUUCCUUCCUUCCUUCUGUACUUCGUUUGUUCGUUCCUUCUUUCCUUUUUUUUUUCCUUCCUUCCUUCUUUACUUCGUUCCUCCAUUCCUUCCUUCCGUCCUUCCUUCCAUCCUUCCUUCAUUUGUGCGUUCGUUCGUUCCUUCCUUCGUUCCUUCCUUCUUUUUUCAGUCCCUUCUUCUUACUUUUUUCUUUCCUUCCUUCCUUCUUUCCCGUUUUCUUUCUUUCCUUCCUUCUGUACUUCGUUUGUUCGUUCGUUCCUCCCUUCCAUCCUUCCUUCUUUCUUUUCUUCUGUAUUUCGUUCGUUCGUUCGUUCCUUCCUUCCUUUCUCUCUUUCUUCCGUCGCUACUUCUUUCCUUCAUUUCGCCCUUCUUUCUUUCUGUAAUUCGUUUUUUCGUUCCUUUCUUCCUUCCUUCUUUCCAGCCGUCCCUCUUUCCUUCUGUUCUUCAUUCUUUCUUUCCUUCCUUCCUUCCUUCUAUCCUUCCUUCCUUCCUUCCUUCCUCACAGUCUCUAUUUUUAACUCAGCCUCCAUGA